UAUUGAGUAUAGGGUCACCUUCUUUCAUUCAGAAUAAACUAUACUCAUUUGAAGCCUAUUUUGUUCUUGAUGAUACCCUCAAUGCCCCUUUUCUAGGUUUCAUCGUUUCCUUCAUCCACCAAUUUUUCAGGAAUACUACAGAUAUUUUUUCGAAACAUUUAUAAAGAAUGGCUCCCGUAACGAAUGACGGGCCUUCAAACGGUCCAGUGAAGGCAAAAGAGGAAGAAGUAACCACACAACCUUUGUUUGAAAUCGACGACUCUGAUCUUUCAAGAUUACUAGAAAAACCGAGGCCACUUAACAUAGAACGAAAAAGGUCGUUUGAUGAGCGAUCGUUUAGUGAAAUGUCAAUUGCCAUGUCACCAUCGCGCAAUAGUAACUUUUAUAAAUUGAAUGAUAAUUCAUCACGCGGUGGUUUUGAUAAUCUUGAUGGUGUAUAUUCCCCUGGGAGAUGGACGGGAACUCCAAGAAGUGGUUAUUUUGAGCCUCAUCCUAUUGUAGGAGAAGCUUGGGAGGCGUUGAGACGAUCGUUGGUCAACUUUCGUGGUCAACCCGUUGGGACUAUUGCUGCACUUGAUAAUUCUUCAGAGGAUCUUAACUAUGACCAGGUUUUUAUAAGAGACUUUGUGCCGAGUGCUUUGGCCUUUAUGAUGAACGGGGAGUCCGAAAUAGUAAAGAAUUUUCUUUUAAAAACAGUUUUUCUCCAAUCCCGAGAGAAAAAGGUAGACAAAUUCAAGUUAGGAGAAGGGGUAAUGCCUGCAAGUUUUAAAGUGCUUCACGAUCCCGUUAGGAACACAGAGACCAUAUUGGCUGAUUAUGGUGAAAGUGCCAUUGGUCGAGUGGCUCCUGUCGAUUCAGGAUUUUGGUGGAUUAUUUUGCUUCGGGCCUAUACAAAGUCAACCGGUGAUACUUCGUUGGCGGAAAUGCCUGAAAUCCAGAGGGGUAUUCGGCUUAUUAUGACUUUGUGUCUUUCUGAAGGGUUUGAUACGUUCCCGACGUUGCUAUGUGCUGACGGGUGUUGUAUGAUUGAUCGUAGAAUGGGGGUAUACGGGUACCCAAUAGAGAUACAAGCAUUGUUCUUCAUGGCUUUGCGAUGUGCAUCGCUUCUUCUAAAGCGUGAUGCGGAGGGUAACGAGUGCCUUGACCGAAUAGUCAAACGUCUUCACGCUCUAAGCUUUCACAUGCGAAGCUAUUUUUGGCUUGACAUUAAGCAACUAAACGACAUAUACCGUUACAAAACAGAAGAAUACUCGCAUACAGCUGUCAACAAGUUCAACGUCAUGCCUGACUCACUUCCCGAUUGGGUUUUUGAUUUCAUGCCCACACGAGGCGGUUACUUUAUCGGGAAUGUGAGUCCUGCGAAAAUGGACUUCAGGUGGUUUUGUUUGGGCAAUUGUAUAGCUAUAUUGUCGUCUUUAGCGACCCCCGAACAGAGUUCUGCUAUUAUGGAUCUUAUUGAAUCACGUUGGCAAGAACUUGUUGGUGAAAUGCCGUUGAAGAUCUGUUAUCCGGCUAUGGAAAGUCACGAAUGGAGAAUUGUUACGGGUUGUGAUCCGAAAAAUACGGGAUGGAGCUAUCAUAAUGGUGGAUCCUGGCCAGUUCUCAUAUGGCUUCUGACGGCCGCUUGCAUCAAGGCAGGAAGACCCCAGAUCGCAAAACGAGCCAUUGAGUUAGCUGAAAGCCGAUUAUUGAUGGACGGGUGGCCAGAAUAUUAUGACGGUAAGCUAGGGCGGUUCAUAGGUAAGCAAGCUCGUAAGAACCAGACAUGGUCCAUAGCCGGUUACUUGGUGGCUAAAAUGAUGCUUGAAGAUCCAUCGCAUUUGGGUAUGAUCUCACUUGAGGAAGACAAGCAGAUGAAGCCUCAAAUGAAAAGAUCUGCUUCAUGGGCUGUUUGAUUAACUUCCAAGAUAUAUUGUUUUUCCCUUGUUUUCGGUAUUCGGUUUUAAUACGAGCAUGGCCUUUCAUUCGGGUUCGUUAACACCUGAACAAUGCAAGUUGAUGAAUUUUUUUAGUGAUUUGGUGAUGUUCGGUUUGAAUAAUGAUUUUGUACUUGGAGAUUUUCCAAUUUAAUGUCCAAGACAUAAAUUGUUUGUACUUGAGAUUUUGCAAUACAAAAAUUAGCUAUUUAGAUUGGAA